AUGCCCAAGUCGAAAAAGAGUGUUUUACCGUCUGCCGAGAUUGAGAAGCUGAGAGCCCUGAGCGAACAGCUCGAGGCACUUCCACAAAAAAGUGAAUUGCCUGCCAAGAGCCUUGAGCUUUUAAAGGAAAUUCCUCAAAACGAUGACUUACUUAUAUACCUUUCACUUUGCCAUCUCCAGAUUUUGCGUAUCACUGCGCCUGUUCCGCCACACACCGAAGAUGAUUUAAAGAGUCUUCCAGAUCUUUUUGCCAGAACGGUCAAGGUUUCAAAAAGCGAUUUGAGUGAGUUGCACGUCAAAUUUAUCGACCUUUUGACAGCGACCAAGUUUUUGUUAUUAAUGAUAGACGUCGACAUCACCGCAACCCUCACAUUUGUCGAGUGUCUUAUCGAAGCCACUCUCUCGGCACCAAAGGACUCCAAAGUCUCUUUUGAUUUACUUACUCCGAUGAUUGAUUCACUUCUAAUCGAAUGCCCCGAUCAACAAAAUGCGGUGUGUCUGUCGAUCCUUCGCCCUUUUGCAACCACAGAAGCGCCACUGUUCCACGAUAAAGACAUCACCACCUUUUCGGGAAGAAUUAAAAGAGAAGGCGACGCGAUCGAGAAGUUGUUUGGGAUAAGCAGUGACGCAUUGAAUAAUUUGAAAAACGGAUUCUUCGGGAUAGUCGAGAGUGUCAAGAACUUCGAUUUCGAAGAGAGUGAAAACGAGAACGACGACGGCGAGAAAGAGGGGAGAAAUCAACGCAUAGCGGAAGUCCACAUAUUCACAACUGUUUUGGCGAAGAUCGUCCAAUUUGACUGUCAAGUUCUUGAAAAUGACGAGAACUAUUUGGAGCGAUUGUUACUGAUACCAGUGGACGAGGAACGACUGAGAAUGGUUAAAAUAGUGUCGUACUACGUUCUUAAUUGUCAAUUACCACCAGCCAAAUUGAUUCAAUUGAAUAUGGCAAUAACACAACGAGGAAAGGAUAAGAGCGGACUCAUCAGAGCAGCGGUUGGGAAUUAUGUGUUAAAAGCACCAGCCGAAAUGAACGAAGAUGGUGUUGAUUAUACUGAUACGUUGAUUGAAAGACUCACUGAUAUUGAACCAAUGAUCCGAGCAAAUACUAUUCGAGAAAUUGAGAAAAUGUUCUUCGAUGACGAAGAGAAAGAAAUCCCAACGAAAGUGAUGGAAGAGAUCGGGACACGAAUGAAAGACAAGAAGGAAAUUGUGAGAGACGCCGCACAGAACUUUGUGGGAAACUUUUUAAAUAGAUUUCUGGAGGGAGAAAAUAACGUGCAAAAAAAAUUGGUCAUCAGGUAUUCAAAUGCACUUGUUGAAGUGCUCGACGAUGUGAGAAUAGAGGACGACAGAACAAGAGUACUUGGACUCAUUUGUUUUACUGUGUUGGGCGACAUUAACAACAGAGAAUUGAAUGAAAAGAAGCUGAAAGAGUAUUUAAAAUUGCGAGCAAAGCGAUUUGUGUUGUUUUCUUCAGUUCUGAAGAACCCACAAUUUGAAAUUUUAAUGAAGACGUGCGCCGCGUUCCACGAAGAGAGAAAAAUUGUUUGCGAGAAGUUGAAGAAUUGGGACGAGGCUAAAAACCAGAAGACAGAAGACGAGUUAGUGAUUUUGUUUGCAAAAAUGAUGCCUUUCCCAACGUUUGAGGGAAGCAAGAAGUUUGCGAAACAACUCCUUGAGGGGAUGAGUAAAAAGACCGUGAAAAUCAUGUUGAAAAUGAACGAUGAUGAGUUGCCAUUUGAUGAAUAUUGGCGCGCAGCGCGAAAGAUAAUUGGAGAGAUCGAUGUGAAAAGGAAGACAAAGAGCGAAGAAUUCACAAACAAAAUAGUAGACAAGUUCACUGUUGAAAUAUUGAGUAAGGAAGUCUUCAAGUACAUUCUCAAGGACGAAGAACUGUAUGACCAAAUGAACGAACGCUUUGCUAUUAUCGCGAAGUACUAUGGGAAAGUGCUUGACGAAAAUAUCGAGAGAAUCAUCAAAUUGAAAGAAGACGACACAAAUGAUUUGAUGGAAAUAUUGCGAGAGGGGUUUAAGUACAUUCCAAAGAAUUUGAUCGACGACGAGUUGAAAGAGAAGUUGAAAUCAAAUUGUUUACUUGGCGAGUGGCAGAUUACGAAAGAUGCCAUGUUUUUAUUGCAUUCAUUGUGGAAAGACGAUGAAAGAGGGUACUAUGACGAACUGUUUAUGAAAGGUGUUGAAACAAUCAAAAACAGGAAGAACGCAAAUGACAAAGCAAGGCACCUUCAAGAGGAAAUGAAUGCGUUUUGUAUAAUAAAACACGUGAUUCAAUACCAAGGCGUGUAUUCACAACGCAGCGAAAGUAAAGAGAUCAUUGGGUUGGUUAUGAGCGAAAUAAUACCGGAAAUGAUUCUAGAGGUGAAAGAGAAAGAAUUUGUUGAGAGAGUGUUUAAACUGGUCAAAACGUAUUUACUCAAGAACGGCAAACUAGUGAAGAGCGCGCCAGCUCAAGACGACAUCGUCUAUUUCUUAAUUAACUUCUCUAUCCACCCAAUGGAAAACGACAACAUCAAUCUAAUCGAAAACGAAAAUUUUGUGAGAGGACUUUCGCUUGCUGUUCUUCUAGAAAUAGUGUCGAUGAGGAUUUACGACGCGAUUUUGAGCCAGAACGACUUCUUCGCAUUUUGUGGACAACUCAUUAAACACACUAAUCACCACAGGAAGUACUGUGAGGUGCUUAAUAAAAUUUUAAAACAACUUCCACUUCGAUAUUUCAUCAUUCCAGCACUCAUGUCGCAACAACCCAGACUGAUGAAAUUAUCGAAAACGAUUUUGGUCAGAGCUGUAAUGGCAAGGAGAAAACUCUACCAAAUGAAUGCCCAGAAACUAACAACAGAGAACGCCGUUGUCAUAAUUCCAGAGUAUUCGUUUCAAUACAUGUUAAGUUAUUACGCGCACACUUCUGCAAUGGACGACGGCGAUUUUGAUGGAGCUGCCCGAGUCAUCGAAGCGAUGAUUGAGUGUUUAAUCGAGAAUCACAACGACGCAAUCACUGUGUUACAAAAUCAGCUUUCAAUCAUUAAAUUGUCGAAAGACGCAAUUGGCGUGAAGGAGAGUAAAGAUAAAGUUGGUAAAGAAGAGAACGAAGAGACUGUUGCAAAAAUUAACAGCAAACUCCAAGCAGCGGUUUCCAUUGGCGAAAUGGUUUUGGACAAUUGUAGUAAAGGGAAGAAGUACAUUGUUUCGGAGAAUGCCGGAUGUGUUUCAAAAGCUUUGUUUGAGCUGAGAGACAAGAAUGAAACAAUCAGUGCAAUAUUGCCCUAUGGGUAUACCAUACCAAAGAAAGUCAAUCCGUUUAUGAAUAUGGAGCCUAAGAAGAAGAGUUCGGAAAUUUCAGUUUUAAAAGGUGAAGAGGACGAGGAGAGCACUGAGAAGUCUGUUGUUAAAGAAAAGAAAGAGAGAAAACCACGAAAGACGACUAAAAAAUCCCGGACUGUUAAGUCUGGAAAAGUCGUGAAGAAAGAGAGAGCAAAGAAAAAAGAAGACGAGGAGAAAGAAAAACAGAGGCCAAAAGAAAAGUUUGUCAAAAAGUCGAGUAAGAAGAAAGAAGAAACGAAGGAAGAAAGUUCGAGUGAAGAGAAAGAAGAGAAGCACAGCAACAGUGGUAACGAGUUGAGUGAUGAAUAA